GCAAAGGAUAAUUUUCGUCACAUGUAAUUGUGUCAUUUACUAUUACUUCUCCCCAGAAUGACAUGCAUCCUGUCUGAAAAAGAGUGGUUCGUGUCGCUCUGAUUUGCUCAGAUCCACAUGUGUAUAGGCAAUAUGAGAAUCAAGAUCUAAUAUUACAGAAGUGGAACAUGCAGGGGUCUACUACUUGUAGGCUGUACUAGGCCUAGACCGUCAGGUUUUUAGACAUUUCAUGGCCUUUGUUAACAUGUGCCUAAUACCUGGGAGUUCUUUAGACGCCUCGAGUGGGACAAGGCCUUGGUACAGCUGAAAUCCGCAGAGCCAAAAUGACAGAAUCACCAAGGAAAGCAAUAGCUAUAAUACUAAUUUGUAACAUGAACUAUUAAUUGUUUAGGUCACACCUGGUGCUCAUAAUCCAUCCAGGGGUAAGAAAUGGCAAAGGAAACUAGGAUGUUUCGAACAGGCCUUUUGGUUCUUACUAAACCUCUUGCCGUGAUUCAGAAUGGAAUCCCAUCAGUUCUGGAAAAGGCAUCAGAGCGAGUGCAGAACACAUUGUACAUACACCUUGUUCCCAGGGACCCCAAGAAGCUACCUAACUUACAGACAUCUUUGUUAGUCAACCCUUUCAUAACAGUGCCCGCAAAUCCCUCCAUUAGGAACGUGAUCAUUGAACUGUAUCGUACGAGCGCAAGGGUCUGCCGUCAUCUGGAUGUUCGUGUGUUGUUGUCGCACAUGACUGGUUCUUAUCGCAGGAAUUCGGACCAGCUCAGCAGGCAGCGUUAUUCCUUCAGGAGUAAAUUUGAGGUGGUUUUAAUUGAUGAAUGUUGUGACAACGAAUCUGUGAUAUUGCAGGAAUUGUCAAAGACAUUUACUUUUGAUAAUGGUGCUGGCAUUUUAACAAUACAUUCAGACUCAAAACAUGAAAGUGAAACUAAAAGUGAUUCUGAAAGUGAAACAUUGACUUCUGAGCAGUCGAUGAUGGUUAAUGGAGCAGACACCUGCCUGGAGGCUUACCAGCAUGGUGUCAUGGGCGGUACCUUUGACAGACUCCAUGUGGGACACAAGAUACUGCUGAGUGAUGCCUGUCUGAGGUGCAGCGAGAGUGUCACUGUUGGUGUGACGGAUGGACAGAUGAACAAGAAAAAAACUUUAUGCGAGCUUAUCCUUCCGAUUGAGACAAGAAUUAACGAUGUGAAGACUUUCAUGCAGGAAGUGAAACCCCGGCUGAGGUAUACGGUGGUUCCCAUCAAUGACCCGUUUGGACCCUCCACUCAGGACCCUCAGCUACAGUGCAUUGUGGUGAGCCAAGAAACCCUCCGCGGCGGACAUAAGGUCAAUGAGGAGAGGGCUAAGAAGGGACUAAACCAUCUGGACAUCCAUGUCAUUGACCUGAUAGAAGACUUGCACCACUCUCCUGAAGAGGAGGUCAAAAUCAGCAGCUCAUCUGCCAGAAAGAGGCUCCUAGGAACUCUCAUUAAAGAUCCAGAGUUUCAGUCCAAACCCGGGAUUUGCCUCAAACCUUACAGGAUUGGAUUGACAGGAGGGAUUGCCAGUGGGAAGUCUUCAGUGUGUAAGAGGCUGCAGAAGCUUGGGGCCGCCAUCAUUGAUUGUGAUAAAUUGGGUCAUCAGGUGUACAGGAAAGGCACAGAGUGUUUCCAGCGACUGGUCUCAGAGUUUGGGACGGAGAUUGUCGGAGAGGAUGGGGAAGUCCAUCGACGAGCUCUGGGAGCCAUUGUUUUUUCUGAUAAGAAUAAAUUAUCAAAACUGAACGAGAUUGUCUGGCCGGAAAUUGCUAAUCUGGCUGAGGGUGAAAUACGGGACUAUGCUUCAGCUGGUAGGUCUGUGGUAGUCUUGGACGCAGCCGUGCUGUUAGAGGCAGGUUGGGAUAACAUGGUGCAUGAGGUCUGGGCAGUUGUUGUUCCUACAACAGAGGCAGUUAAGAGACUUCAGGAUCGCAAUAGUCUGUCAGAAGAAGAAGCUUUGAAGAGAAUCAGCUCACAGAUGACGUCAGAGGAGAGAGUUGAAAGGUCAAAUGUUAUCCUGUCAACACUCUGGGAAUACGAAGUCACUCAGAAACAGGUGGAGAAGGCUUGGAAGUUGUUGAAUGAGAGGAUCAACGUUGACAAAGCCCAGCUUUAAAACACUGCUUUAUGUGGUGAGCUCUGAUGAAAUCUGCAUACUUAUACCCCAAGAUGAUCAUGGAGACAUGGCAAUACUGGAGCACAUAUUCUCACAAUUUAUUAUACAAGCCCUAAUUGAAAUUGUCUUUUACAUGAUUCAGGGCAUAAUUGUCAAGGGGGAUAAUUGUCAAGCUUGGUACCUCCCUGACUUGGCACCCACUUGACUUGGCACCCACCUGAUUUUGCACCCCCGACUUGGCACCUCAGUGGCUUGGCACCUCUCUCACUCAGCACCUGCCUCAGAAGAAGGGCAUAGGCCAAGUACUGGCUGACUCGGUGUCAGUACAGUGUAAUUAUAUGGGGUGUCAUAUCAGGUGCCUUUGGCUUAGUACUCCAGUAACGCAGCAUCAUAAAUAUGAGAUCAUUUAAACAGGCCUGGUACAAGGUGUUACUGUGAUGAUGAAUUGGCUGAAAUAAUAUUGAAAAGGGAUGAUAAACCUGAACAAUCAUUAAUCAGGGGUCACACAACAGUGAUAGUACAUGUAAAUUAUCUUUAUAUCAAUAUCAUAUGAUUACAUGUAAAUGAAUGAGAAAAUAGCAUGAGAAAUAAGGAGCAGCUGAAUUCUAACAAUCCUUACACGACCUGCGCCAGUGUUAUAAAUUUACAGGUAAAUUUUACUUUAAUAAAUAAUUUUGUUCCCGUCAUAUAAACGUAAUAUAUUCUUGAGAGCAAUAUGAGCCCAAAGUAAAAUAAAUAAAUAAGUAAAUUAAGAUGAUAUACAUGAUCAUAUUGAAGCGAUGAUAGCAGUUUAAGUUUGAUUUCACAUAUACAUAAUCAGUUGUAAGGUACAGUUUGCCAGGCACUUGUAUCUGCACACUGUGGUGGUAUUCCUUAUGUUCAGACCAGUUUCUUCGACUAGACACCCAAGUCAUUGUUACGUGCAUGUAUAACUACAGUCGAAUGUCCUUGGAAUCAAACAAAUGUCUACUUUCGCCAAUGAUUUAGUUACUCAUUUUGCUUAAUUGCAAGAGUUCGUUUAUCUUAGAAAGGUUAUUUAAGAAGGUAGGAUGAUAUCCUACUGGGAAAAUGUAGAUGUAAGUAUUAAAAGUAAGUAUUUGCCUCAGGAAAUACACUCUUUUUGGGCAAAUUUUUAGGUCAAGUGAAACACAUGUUGUCCCUUGUUCUGCAUAUUCUGCACAAUAACAUUUCCAAAACAUUUAUCGCCACCAUGUCGGUGAAAUGUUGCCAAAGUGGAGUUAAGACAUUCAUUCAUU